UAAAAAAGGAGCACCCCGGACCAUCACAAGCUAAACCCCCUCCGGAGUCCCGAAGGAAAGGUGUUAAGGUCAGGUUUUGAGAUGGGAUGUAGUCUCCCUCAAACACUGGAAAAGCAAACAGACAAAUCCAGAUAUCGAGCGUUUUGAAGAGCCAAGUUUUAUAUCUGCCUUGUGCAGAGAAAGUGAGUCCCACAAGAGUUCCCCUCGCAUUUCGCCAGCAUGUCGGACGUCACCUCAGCAACCCAAGUUCCACCUCCGUCAGGAAACCCUCCUCCCCCAGAGGUGACUAAUCCCAGUAAACCAGGUCGGAAGACCAACCAGCUGCAGUACAUGCAAAAUGUAGUGGUCAAGACACUGUGGAGGCAUCAGUUUGCGUGGCCAUUCUACCAGCCUGUCGAUGCAGUCAAACUCGGUCUCCCGGAUUAUCACAAGAUAAUAAAAAACCCAAUGGAUAUGGGCACCAUCAAGAAGAGAUUAGAGAAUAACUACUACUGGAGUGCUAGUGAAUGUAUGCAAGACUUCAAUACUAUGUUUACCAACUGUUACAUCUAUAACAAGCCAACCGAUGACAUUGUCCUGAUGGCACAAGCUUUGGAGAAGAUUUUCUUACAGAAAGUAGCCAUGAUGCCACAGGAGGAGGUGGAGCUUCUUCCGCCUGCACCAAAGGGCAAGGGCCGCAAGCCACAAGGCCCAGGCCAGCUGGAGGCAGCAGUGUCAUCAGCCUCUCCUCCGUCAACCUUCCCAGGCACCACUUCACCUGGAUCUCAGACACCUGUCAUAUCUUCUCCACCCGUUCCCACCAUUACCUCCAAUAUGCCCACUGUACAGAACACGCCUGCUGCACCCAUGAUGCCUGUUGGUCCUCCUGCACAACCUGUUGUCAAAAAGAAGGGGGUGAAGAGGAAAGCAGACACCACGACCCCCACUACCUCUGCCAUCACAGCCAGCAGAAGUGAGUCACCCACCCAACUCUCGGAAGCCAGUCAAGGCAAGAUCGGAUCAAGACGCGAGAGCACUGGUCGCCCAAUCAAACCCCCCAAAAAGGACUUUGAGGACGGGGAAUUAGCGCUGCACGGGGGCAAGCGGGGCAAACUGACAGAGCACCUUAAGUACUGCGACAGCAUCCUUAAGGAGAUGCUCUCAAAGAAACACGCAGCCUACGCCUGGCCCUUUUAUAAGCCUGUGGACGCAGAAGCCCUACAGUUACAUGAUUACCAUGACAUCAUCAAACAUCCUAUGGACUUAAGUACAAUCAAAAAAAAGAUGGACGGCCGAGAAUACCACGACGCGCAGAGCUUCGCCGCAGACGUCCGAUUAAUGUUCUCAAAUUGCUACAAGUAUAACCCACCUGAUCAUGAAGUGGUAGCCAUGGCCAGAAAACUUCAGGACGUUUUUGAGAUGCGUUUCGCUAAGAUGCCAGACGAGCCGGUAGAACUGAGUCCGCAGGCUGGCGCAGGCGUGGGAGGCGUGGUCAGUAAAAGCACGGCGAGCAGCGAGAGCAGCGGCGACUCCUCCAGCUCCGACAGCUCCGACUCCGAGGAGGAGAGGGCUACCCGGCUCGCCGAGCUGCAGGAACAGGUGGGUCCGGAACAGCUGAAGGCCGUCCAUGAGCAGCUAGCUGCUCUCUCUCAGGCCCCUGUCAGUAAGCCAAAGAAGAAGAAAGAGAAGAAAGAAAAAGACAAAAAGAAGAAAGACAACAAACACAACAAAGCCAAACCAGAAGAUGAGAAGAAGGCCAAGUCAACGCAGCCAGCCAAGCAAGCGCCACAGAAGAAAGGCCCAGCCCGGAAAGCUAACAGCACUGUCUCGGGCACAAGGCAGCCAAAGAAGGGAGCUAAGGGACCAGGCUAUGAGUCAGAUGACGACGAGGGGUCUCUGCCCAUGACGUACGACGAGAAACGACAGUUGAGUCUGGACAUAAACCGACUGCCUGGGGAGAAGCUAGGUCGUGUAGUACACAUCAUCCAGACGCGAGAACCCUCGCUGCGGGACUCCAACCCAGACGAAAUAGAAAUCGACUUUGAGACGCUCAAGCCCUCCACGCUGCGUGAACUUGAGAGAUACGUCAAGUCGUGUUUACAGAAGAAACAGCGAAAACCUUUACAGAAGACAGGCUCAGGUGCAGGUCGGCUCAGCGGAAGCAGCAGCUCCUCAGACUCGGGCAGCAGUAGCUCCAGCGGUUCCAGUUCAGACAGCAGCGAUUCUGACUGAACACAUGU